UUGUAUCAUUCUUUAAAACGUUAAUUUAUUACUGUGUGCAUGAGAGAGGAGGUGUGGAGGCCAUGCUUAUGGUGGUUAAAGGGCAUUUUGUGGAGUCAGAUGUGUCUGUCCUUUAAGUGAUUUCUAGGGUGCGGGGCACUGCACCUCAAAUACCUUUAUCUGCUGAGCCUUUUCAGUCUUACAGACAGAAACGUAAGCCUGUACUGAGGGUUCGUGCCAUUGGUUUGUCAAAGGAAAAUAAUAGAAGAUGCUUUGAUUUUCUUUCUGAGCUGGAAUCUCCACAUGAAGCUCUGGCUGUCCUAGAAUGCACUCUGUGUAGAUCAGGCUAGCCUCAAAUCCCCUAUGUAGCCAGGGAUACAGUGUAAACACUUGGUGGUCCUGCCUUUUCCUGGUGCUGAGAUUACAGGUGUGUGUACAGCCACACUUGGUGUGUACAGUGUUAAAGGCGGAACCUAGAGUUCAGUCAGGAAGAGCAAGUACGCCAACUGACCUCCAUCCCCAGGCUCUGGGCCCACGUAGCUUUCCUUUGUCAAAUCUGCAGUGUCUCCACAAUGUCCCAUUUUUAAACCAUUCAUAAUGGUUUCCAUGAAGAGACAUACACACAGCAAAGAGCUCUGACCUGCAUCCUCUUAGCUCCUGAGGGUUGCUGUGGAGUUAACAAGGCCAUUGUUACAUCAAUGGCAGCAGUUUCAUCAGAAUUAGACUGUGGGAGGUUCUAGGUGAGAAUUCUGUCAUUGCUGCCAGUGAUGGCUUCAGAAAAAGAUGACGGUCCGGCCUUACCCAAACUCGACGACGACAACCAGACAGCAGAGAACACAUGCAAACCUGCAGAAGAGCAGCCUCAACAGCUCAGGUGGGACGAUAUUCACUUGCCCCGGUUCUCACUAAAGCAAGGGAUGAUCCCGACCCGUUACGUCAUGCCUUGGAAAGAAAACAUGAAAUUCAGGAACGUGAAUCUACAGAUACCAGAGCACAGUGAUUUCCCACGGUUUCCGGAGGCGACUGAUCUGAUAGGCGGAUCUCGGAAGUUGCUGUCAUUCGGUAAUGGUGCGCUUGCCUAACACGCGAGACGCUCAGGGUUUGAACCCCACUACUACUAAAACCAGUAAGAUAAAGUAGUUCAGUCUCUUGCCUUCC